CGUCAAUGACAUUGGCUUUUAUUCAAAUGAAGUGUUUUCAAUAAUUCCUACAUAAAUAAAUAGAUAAAUUUAGAAUAUUAACAGAGUAGUGUAGUGAUGAAUGACCGCACACAUCAUCCAUGAUCUGCAAUUAUAAAAAAAAUCCAGACAAAUGCAGUCAAACGGUACUCUCCUCAGAUUAUUGUUAAUUUUCUGGUGGUUUAUUGUUUAUAACAAUUAACGGUGUCGGCUUAAGCUCCGUACUUUUAUGCUUUAUGAAGAAACUGACAAACCUCCUAGAAAUCAAUAAUCUCAUUUCACCCCCAUACUGAGCAUGUGCAACAUUUCACCCCCUAUGGUCUGCUACACCCCCUACACACAAGGAUCAAUGGGCCCUUUGAUCAAUAUGAAGAUAGCACGACACAUUUUUACUUUAUACACUAUCAUCACAGACAGGUUAUCAUCAUAAGUGUAAAAUGCAUUUCAAGAUUCGGAUCAGCAUUCAAGCAUAUAUUUCGUAAAUGUGAUACAGUUGUGAUUUAGGUUUUUUGUGGUGGCAGGUGGGAUAUUAAGGAAAUUGAAAAUGCAAACAUUAAGAAAGAAAACUAGUCCUUUAAAAUACAAAAAUGAAACAACUCGAUUCUUGGGAGAUGGGGUGAGCUUCAAGGCGAAACUGAUCGGUAUCUUGGAGGUGUCCGAAGCUCGAGGAGAUAGAAUGUGUCAAGAAGCUCUAGCUGACUUAAAAAUGGCGAUAAGGGCUGCUGGAGAGCAUAAGCAACGGAUUAUUAUCAAUGUUGCCAUCGAUGGACUGAGACUUAGGGACGAAAAAACUGGGGAUUCCCUCUACCAUCAUCCAGUCCACAAAAUUUCAUUCAUAGCCCAGGAUAUGACUGACUCGAGAGCUUUUGGUUAUAUAUUCGGUUCACCCGACACUGGACAUCGAUUUUUUGGGAUCAAAACUGACAAAGCAGCAAGUCAGGUAGUGAUAGCUAUGCGUGAUCUUUUCCAAGUAGUAUUUGCACUGAAAAAGAAAGAGAUAGAAAUUGCUAAGCAAAAUUUGGAAAAAAGUUGUUAUAUAGCCUCUUCACUUUUAUCUGAUGGAUCAAGUAGUAGUUCUAAGAUGCAAAAUGUACCCCAUGUAUCCAUAAAGUCCUCAUCCGAAUCAAAACACUGUUCUUCCUCAACCAACGAAGCCAAAGGCUCUGGGACAGCUGUAGCUGACUUAGUAGACUUAGAACUAGAACUUAAUAGCCUACAGCAAGGAUUAAAUCAAAUGGAAAGAAUCACACCUUCCGAUCCGUUUGGUUCCAAAGAAGAUCCUUUUGGUGAUAGCUUCACUAGCUAUCCAGCGAAACCAAUCCUGCCUCCACCACCUCCUUCAAACAGAGAGCGUUCCAGCCGCACCUCAGAAUCCAGCAGUAUUUUUAGUCCAAAACCCUCCCACAAAAGCAGCACAAGCACCAUAGAGCCCAGUUCAAUACGAGAGUUUACUUUUUCUCACGAAUUCGAGAGCUCUCACGAAGAACCCAGUAGCGGAGACUGGUUCGCACCUUCAGCUGGGAAUAGCAUAUUUGAGGAACCUUCACCUUUACCAGUGACUGAACCUACUAAAGAUGAAAAACAUGAACAGACCAAACAAGAAAUACUCAGCCAGUUUGAUGUUUUUACUGAAUUGGAUCCACUAGAACUGAAAAACCCCCCAAAGAAGGCUUUGAAAGAAUUAGCGUCCACCGCUACUGUUCAGGAAACUCCAUUGUUUCCCGCCACUUUUCCUUCUACACAGCCAACAAGUGGCGCUUCUGAUCCUAGUACUACCAGCGGAGUUUUUACAGUGGAUCCAUUUGGCGAGGAUCCGUUCGUGAAGGAAGACCCGUUUGCAGAUAGCGAUUUUUCGAAGCAAGAUCCGUUCGAGAGCGAAUUCGCUAGUUUCAAGUUGGAUAGCAUAGGAAAGAAGGACAAUAGUAUACAGAAUACACUUCCUAAAGAUCCUGUAGCAACAUACCAAAAGUCCCCUCUAGAAAAACAAACAUCGCUAUUCAGUACCUCUCCAAAAGGACCAAGUGUAUUCUCGCGGCAAGCUACUUUAGAAGACAAGAAUUACAGUAAACUCACUCAGCUCCACGAUAACCCUAGCUUGGACAUUUCUUCAGAGAGUGAGUGUGCUCCGGAGCCUCCACCAAGACCAUUCGUACAGAUCAAACCGCCUCCAUUGCCUCCCAAAAAGCAAACGGAAUUGGCCACUAAACCUCCUCCUCGACCACCUCAUGGUGAAGAGUCACCUUACGAUUUUAUCGAAAAAUAUGAAACCGCUCCUAGUAGUCUGGAAUUUGUAAAGAAUCCUGAAAAACGUCCUCCACUACCAGUUCCAGCAAGGAAAGCAAAGUUUGAGAGUGAUUUUAUUCCUGAAAGACCCAAAAAGCAAUUCAAUGUUUCAUCGAGUGAGGAGGAUUAUCUAACUCCUAUAUCAUUUCCUGAUAAAACCGCUCGGAUAAGUCCACCUCCUUCACAGAAAGAUGCCAAAAAAGCUGAUGGGGAAAAUAAGGAAGAGGAUAGUCUCAAAGGCCUCGACAUAACUCUGUCACAACUGACGCUUUCCGGAUUGAACGAACUGGCUCAAAAGCUGAAUAUCCCAGCAGGACAACUAAGCAAUAUGACUCUGGUACAGCUCACCGCUCUCCUAUCGGACUACAUAAAAACGGGAAGUACCGGUACAUCUGACAUAAAGUCAAACGAUACAACAACGAAUGACGAUAAGUUUCCUGCUUUCGAAGCAAAUUUUGCAGCGAACUUCAGUAACGGUGGCGGAUCUACGAUAAAUUCUUCGUUUGAUAGGUAUGCUGUGUUCAGGGAAUUAAUGCAGGAGGAAAUAAAACAAACAAAGAUAGACUCGGAACCCGAAGAAAUAUCGGAAAAUAAGGAGAAAAUAGAAACGGUGUCAGCCACUAUCAGCUUAGAAAUGAAGUCACUGCAACAACAAGAAUCGAUGACAGACAGAUAUGCAGCUUUGAGAGAAAUAGUUGACAUAGAACUGAAACAAUCUGGUUUAGGAGAGAAUAAACUAGAUGAUACAAAUGUACCGGAACAAGAUGUAGCUAUACAAAACGUAGUAAACCAAGACACCAACAAGGAGAGUGAAAUUAAUAUAAUUAACACAAAAAAAACUAUAGUAUCUGAUGAGAAAGCCAAAGCAAUAAUAUCACCAGUAAAAUCAAAUAUAAUAGAGUAUUCUGCUCCUUUAGAUAGCAAUGAAAAAUCUGUAACUAUAGAGAAAUCACCUGUGAAAUCGAGUAUACUGAAAAGUCCCCUUCCAAGUGCAGUUUCUGAAAUAGUACAGAAUAGUGCCAGAAUGACCUCAGGAUCGCUGUCUGAUGUGGUCAGCGGUAGUUCUCCGGAAGUUGACAAUACUGCCAGUAAUUCUGAUGCUGGGAAAAAGGCUAGUGAAACCACUGGUGAAUCAUGGGCAAUAUUCGACCAACCUGCGCUACCAACGACAAUAUUGCCAGACAAGGACAAACAAUCCCUUACUUCUCAAACACAUCAACUACAACAAACCACCCAGAGCGAGGAGGGAGCAUCGCCAUGGUCGAGCGAUUCCAAGGAGUUCGGGGAUGGAUCUCCCACCGAAUGGGGCGAGAAGGAAAGUGGGGGAUCGGAGGGGAGAUGGAGUGUAGAAGGAAGGAGGGGUAAGAGCAGAGGCAGGGGAGACCAGGAAGGGUGGUGGGAUACGUCGGCGGAACCUGAAGUCCAUCAGUAUCCAACCCGUAGAUCUACAACAGACAGCUACGACGACGACUAUCCCCCACCCCGUACACCAUACGACCAGCGGGCUCCUCGGAAACGCACUCGUCAACCGCCUCCCUGGCAAGAAGGGGCAGCAGGACAAGGAGGAGGCAUGGGAGAUACUAGGGGCGGUGGGGGACACUCCUCAAGCAGUAGAGAUGUUAGCCCCUGGGAGGAGGAACCUGCAAGGAGGUAUAGGCAACAUAGUGCAGGGACCACUGGAGGUAGAGGAGUGUACCAGAGGAGUAGGGGAGGUAGAGGAAGUAGGGAUAGCUGGGACGACGAUGACGAUUACGAAUAUGACGAGGAGCCUACAGCAGUUCGUUGCCACUGGUCAGACAGACACGGCCCUAGAAGUACAGAUAGAGAAAGUAGACAUAGUGGAGGUAGUAGAGAUCACGAUGAUUGGAGCGAUGAUAGAAGGCAUAGAAGGAGAAGAGGUGACACAAGAGAAAGAUGGUGCUGUCCCGAUUGGGAACAAGAAAAAUCGAGAUAUGCAGGUAGGUGGGCUGAACAAUCAAAAUGGCAUAGAGACGAACGUUAUUACGGUCAAGAAUCCCCUUGGGACGAGGAUGAGUACUCCAACGAUCCAGACGAAUCACCUCACUAUCUGUCUGCAAAGAAAAACUGGAAACAACGGCCGAGCAGUGCAACUGAAGUAGAGCGAAAGAUAGCUGAAGGUGCAAAAGGAAGACAUUAUAUGGGAACAGGUAGCAGUGACGGUGAACGAGAUAGACGGUACAAACCCACUCGUCGAUCUCGAAGUAGAGACAGCCAAUACAGUGAGCCCUCACAUAGGUAUAAGCCUGAGAUUGGAUCAUUAUCCAGAAGCCUGCACAGGAAACCUCACGGACAUCAGAAGACUACGCCAGACGACGAGUUCGUGAAGAAGACCGACCAGAAAGAUACUAAUAAGAAAUCAUUGAUGUUGGCUAGGAAAAAGCCUAAAGAUACCGCAUCAAAACUGGACGAAUCUCCUACGUGUGGCACUUUUCCUCGGAAAUCUUCAUCUAGGUCAAAAUCUCUGUUUGAAAACGACUUCGUCUCCCCAGAACCCGCCCGUAUGCAGCCCAAAUUUAAUUUUGACGACUUUGAGACUUCUGAGGCUGAGUCUCCGACGACUCUCACCAGGCCUUCGAAACCUACUUUGCGAACUCACUUUGAAAAAAGUGGAGGUGCUGAGAGGGAGUUUAAAGAGCAUCGAGGAGGAAUUUUGACGAAGGAAGAGAAACUAUCGCCACGAUAUCGAGAGGUUAAAAAUGAAUCGUUUUUUGAAGAUGAUUUUUCGCCGAACGAGAAAUCUGAACCGGUACCUGAAGACAGCAUAUCCAGUAUUAAAGAAGAAGUUGAUAGGGAAGAAGAAGAUGAAUUUAGUGACAGGAAUCACGAAAACGCUUCUAACGGCAGGAAGAAAUUCAUGUCAAAAAAUCGCCUUUCUAGCGCCAGUUCGAGAGCGGAUGUCAACCUCAAAAAGUCUGAAUCUGUAAAUAUUUUUGCCAGGGAGGAUGAUCCCUUCGACGAUGACUUUUUCUGCGAAGAAUCGAACGAGUUUCAAGAAGAAAAGCCUUCAUCUAGAAGCACAGAGCUUAGGUGGACUGAAAAUUUUGAUAAUUAAAGUAUCCCCUUAGGUAAUUAUAAUUCGAUGCGGUCUAAGUGGAGCAAGCGAGCGUUCGUCUUUUUCAUAUUCUCGUCAUCGUGUAUAUUCGAAUGUUUAUACGAACCAAUUUUAACUUAAUCCAAGUGGUAGCUAGUUCCCGUAACACUCGCUUACUCCAUGAGUGCUGCGAGCAGUGUCCAUUUAGAAGCGAAGUUGAAGAUGCAGUGUUUGAAGAAAUGUAAUAAUAACCUCCGGUUCAUUGAGCAACAUUUUUAAGCCGAAAGUUGAAUCUCCAUGUUUGUAAAGUCUGGUUUUAUUGAUGCAAGUUAUUCAACGGGGUAUUUAAAACAUGGACGAAUAAAAUGGGUAUACCAAUUUUUGUGCGAAAACUUUUUAUUUGACAACAAAGAAUGAGAAAACGUGUUUUUUGGGAUUCAAUCGAAUGUGUUGGCAGGAACGAAAAAACUCUUCAAACAAGAUUUUUAAGUAUUUAUGAGACCUACAAAAUGAGACCACACGUAAAAAGAUCCAACUAAUAGCAAAAACCUAAUGGACAAAACACGAGGCAAAAUGCAGAUUUUGGCACUUGUUGGUAAUGCAACGAUAAUUUCACGCAACUUCUUGAAAUUCUUCAAAUCCGUAGGAUUUGUACUUCAUAUCGGCAAGGUAAACUUGUGCAUUUUGCUAUUAAAUGCCCUUUGAACGAACCCUGUAUAUUACUCAAUAAACUAGUAAUGAUGGCCGAAAAACUAGUGUUUUGAACAAUUAAAGAUUUUCAAAAACUACUAGACCAAUCUAUUCCAAUUUUGUUGUGGUUAUUUAGAAAUAUGAAUCCUACGAGUUUGUAGAAUUUCAAGUAUAUGUGUGAAACUAUCGUCGCAUUACCAACAAGUGCCAACACCUGCAUUUUGCCUCGUUUUCAGCCAUAUUUUUGCUAUUAGUCGGAUCUUUUUACGUGUGAUUUCAUUCUGUAGGUCUCAUAAAUACCUAAAAAUCUUAUUUGAAGAGUUGUUUCGUUUCUGCCAACACUUACGAUUGAAUCACAAAAAACAAGUUUUCUCAUUCUUUGUUGUCUAAUAGAAAGUUUUCCCACAAAAAUUGGUGUACCCAUUUUAUGCGUCCAUGAUUUAAAUACCCCCUUCAACAAUUUGCAUCAAUAAAACCAGACUUUUCAAAUAUUUUUGGCUAAUAUGGUUAGACUAUAUAAUCAGAUUAAAAUAUCUUGUCUUCAAGGUGACCGAAACGUCAGUAAAUCUUUGAAUUACACAACUGUGGUUUUGAUUUGACGUAAAACAUGGAGAUUCAUCGGCGAGACAGACACAGGAUAUGUUUCAGAAGUAACGUUAUGUUAAAAGUUGUUUUUCCAAAAAAUAUUAUUAGGGCAUGUGAUUUUGAUACUAACAGUAUAAAAUGCAAUGAAAAGGGUGCCCUGAACGUUUAGGUGAACAUUUCUCCAAGCUCUUCAUUAAAGCCUCCUUUAAGGUGAUUUGUGAGAAUGUUCUUGUUAAAUAUCGACCAGUGUUGAGAUAGAGAAUGGUUUAUGAGAAUAUGGUUGGCGUAUUGAUAUAUAAUUUUUAGACUGAAGUAUGGUCAGUGAUUGUCAAUUUUUUGUACAUAUUUAUUUAUUUAAAUUAUUGUCUAUAUGCUUUCGCCUUUGUUCAGUGAGAAUGAUUAAGAUGUUAUUGUUAAGAAUCUCAUUCAUAUUUACUAACAAAUUACAAUUUUAAUUGUGAUCAUGUGAAAGCUGUUCAAAAUUAAGGUAUAUAAUAUUUUACACCAACAUUGAUAUUAGAUUUCAUAACAAUGUAUUGAUCUCACUUUAAAAUGAUUCAUCGAAAUCUCUAUUACCCCUGAAAAUUAUAAGUGUGUAGAAUAUUCUUGCUAUACUUUGAAAUUAUGGAAAUUGUAGGAAUUUGAAUAAAUUUUUCAUCAGGCAUUUUGUACAAUUUAAAUGUAUUUUUCAAAGAAAAUAUUUAGUUACUUCAUAAAACAUCCGAGAAUUGUGGCAAAGAUAUAAUUUUAUUGUAAUUUGUAUAUAUGUCAUAAUGUCAAUGUUGGCCUUCUGUUUUCAUAGUUUUCAAAAUAUAGUCACUGAAUAUUGAUGAGAUGAUUUCUGUUGUGC